AUGAGCCCUCCACCAAAGGGUCUGGAGGAGGAAGGUGACAGGUCAGGAAGGAGACCCUCGAGCAAGCAGGCUCCCAAAGCUGAAGGUCCAGCAGGCCGGCGUGGAGCCCAGCCUGGCCAGCAGGAGCGGGACCCCGGCAGGCCAAGGCCCGGGUCCCCCCGGAGAAAGCAGACAGAAUGCAGGAACCGACUCGAGGAGCUGCAGAGACAGGAGCAGAGCCGUGCUUCAGGGACUGGCAAGGCCAGGAGGGAGAGAGACGGGAGGGCUUCCCUCAAGAAGCAGAGAGAACCCCCAAAGAAGGACAAAGAGGUUCUGGGGAAGGAAGAGACAAGGAAGCAGCUGAAGAAACCCAGGUCAUCGUCAUCCUUGGCCUCCAGUACCUCUGCAGGGGAGUCCAUGUCUGAGGAGGAGCUGGCCCAGAUCCUAGAGCAGGUGGAAGAAAAAAAGAAGCUCAUCAACACCGUGCGGAACAAGCCCUGGCCCAUGGCCAAGAAGCUGACUGAGCUCAGGGAGGCCCAGGCAUUUGUGGAGAAGUACGAAGGAGCCCUAGGAAAGGGGAAAGGCAAGCGGCUCUAUGCCUACAGGAUGCUGAUGGCUAAGAAAUGGGUCAAGUUUAAGAGAGAUUUCGAUAAUUUUAAGACUCAGUGUAUUCCCUGGGAAAUGAAGAUCAAAGACAUUGAAAGUCACUUUGGUUCUUCAGUGGCAUCAUACUUCAUCUUUCUACGAUGGAUGUAUGGAGUUAACUUGGUUCUUUUUGGCUUAAUAUUUGGUCUAGUCAUAAUUCCAGAGGUGCUGAUGGGUGUGCCCUAUGGAAGCAUUCCCAGAAAGACUGUACCUCGGGCUGAGGAAGAAAAAGCCAUGGACUUUUCUGUGCUUUGGGAUUUUGAGGGCUACAUCAAGUAUUCCGCUCUCUUCUAUGGCUACUACAACAACCAGAGGACCAUUGGGUGGCUGAGGUACAGGCUGCCCAUGGCUUACUUUAUGGUGGGGGUCAGCGUGUUUGGCUACAGCCUGAUGAUUGUCAUUAGAUCGAUGGCCAGCAAUACCCAGGGGAGCACAAGUGAGGGUGAGAGUGAUAACUUCACGUUCAGCUUCAAGAUGUUCACCAGCUGGGACUACUUGAUUGGGAAUUCAGAAACAGCGGACAACAAAUACGUCUCCAUCACCACCAGUUUCAAGGAAUCCAUAGUGGAUGAACAAGAGAGUAACAAAGAAGAAAACAUUCACCUGACGAGAUUUCUUCGUGUCCUGGCCAACUUUCUCAUCAUCUGCUGCUUGUGCGGAAGUGGGUACCUCAUUUACUUCGUGGUGAAGAGGUCCCAGGAGUUUUCCAAAAUGCAGAAUGUCACCUGGUACGAAAGGAAUGAGGUAGAGAUUGUGAUGUCUCUGCUUGGGAUGUUUUGUCCCCCGCUGUUUGAAACCAUCGCUGCAUUGGAGAAUUACCACCCUCGUAUUGGCCUGAAGUGGCAGCUGGGGCGCAUCUUUGCCCUCUUCCUGGGGAACCUCUACACAUUUCUCUUGGCUCUGAUGGAUGAUGUCCACCUCAAGCUUUCUAAUGAAGCAAAAAUAAAGAACAUUACUCACUGGACCCUGUUUAACUAUUACAAUUCCUCAGGCUGGAAUGCGAGUGUCCCGCGGCCUCCCCUGCAUCCUGCAGACGUGCCCCGGGGUUCUUGCUGGGAGACUGCUGUGGGAAUUGAAUUCAUGAGGCUGACUGUGUCUGACAUGCUGGUAACAUAUAUCACCAUCCUGCUGGGGGACUUCGUACGGGCUUGCUUUGUCCGGUUCAUGAAUUACUGCUGGUGCUGGGAUCUGGAGGCUGGAUUUCCCUCAUAUGCAGAGUUUGACAUCAGCGGAAAUGUGCUGGGUUUGAUCUUCAACCAAGGCAUGAUCUGGAUGGGCUCCUUUUAUGCUCCAGGACUGGUGGGCAUUAAUGUCCUGCGCCUGCUGACCUCCAUGUACUUCCAGUGCUGGGCAGUGAUGAGCAGCAACGUCCCCCACGAACGUGUGUUCAAAGCCUCCAGAUCCGACAACUUCUACAUGGGCCUGCUGCUGCUGGUGCUCUUCCUCAGCCUCCUGCCGGUGGCCUACACCAUCAUGUCCCUGCCGCCCUCCUUUGACUGCGGCCCGUUCAGUGGGAAAAACAGAAUGUAUGACGUCCUCCAAGAAACCAUUGAAAAUGAUUUCCCGACCUUCCUGGGCAAGAUCUUUGCUUUCCUUGCCAAUCCAGGCCUGAUCAUCCCAGCCAUCCUACUGAUGUUCCUGGCAAUCUACUACCUGAACUCGGUUUCCAAAAGUCUUUCCAGAGCCAAUGCCCAGCUGAGGAAGAAAAUUCAAGCACUCCGUGAAGUUGAGAAGAACCACAAAUCUAUCAAAAACAGAGCCACAGAUUCAGGGGAGACACCUAAAAGCAGCUCCAACAGUGCCACCCAGCUGCAAAUCACCAAGGCAGAACCCACCUCUCAUUCUGCUGGCCAAACCCAAACCCUGGACAAGAAGGCACAGGAUCCUGGGACCUCUGGUCCUGCCAGUGGGAUGCGGCUACCUGCCUCCCAGCUCCCCCCUGGAUCUCAGCCUCUGGAAGUCAGACCUGAUUCCAGCAAACCCCAGGUUCAGACUCAUCCCUGGAGGUCAGCCCCUGGAAAGAGUACUCAGAGGCCCCCCCACUGACAGCUGGACUCAGAGGAGCCAUAAUCCAGGGUCUGAUUCUUGGUCCCUGCCGUUUCACAUAUUCCCAGACUGGUGUCCUUUUUCGGAUCACGCACACAUGCAUAUUCUCUCUCAUUUAAUGGUGGAACUGUGCUUACUUCCUGUCAGGCUUUUGCUGGCAAUCAAGAGGACAGUGUUUUGGAGACCUGGAGCCUUCCCUGGACUGUCCUCAGUAUCUUGAUUUGGGGACCACUGGACCUCACACGCUAGUGACUUCCCUGGGCUCGAGGCUUAGGGAGGAGGGAUGGGGCCAUAACCACCCUCAUAGAGGUUUUUCAUGAUGCAUAUAUUAGGAUUCAGAUUUCUGCAGCUCUAUUAACUUGAAGGAAGAUGCAGAAGGAUCUACAUUUCUGACCACCAACUCUAACAAAAAAAGGUAAAGUGGCUUACACAAAAAGUCCAAGAAGAAAAUGAAAAUAAAGGUAAAUGAUCCAGAGUUCAGUCACAGUAAGAAGACUGGAAAUAACCCUAGCACCUAGCCUGAAGAAACCUGGUUCCAAUUAAACACACAAAAAAUGCAAUGAAUGGUUUCUUUGGAAAAUUUUCACAGGGUACAAUACAGAGGCUUUCUCUGCUAAUACAUCAUGUUUCUACAAAGAAUGUCUCCUGAUAGGUAUUUUUUGUUUGUUUGUUUGUUUUUUUGUCUUUUUCAUUUUUAUCAGU